AUGUCCUUUGUACUUCAUAGGAAUGAGGCGAAAUUUAUCCAAAAAAUUGUUCAAGAGAUUAUAAAAAAAUUGGAACAUAUACCAUUAUAUGUUGCCGAGUAUGAAGUGGGGAUAGAUUCUCGUGUCAACAAAGUGAUCGCUUUGCUAAAUAAUGGGUCAAAGGAUGUGUGCAAUGUUGGAAUUUGUGGAACUGGGGGAAUAGGAAAGACAACCAUAGCCAAAGUUGUCUUCAAUCGAAUAUUUAAUCAAUUUGAAGGUAGUUGUUUCCUUAGUGAUGUGAAAGAAGUUUCAGAACGACAUAAUGGUCUAACUAAUUUGCAACAACAACUCUUGAAUGACACCCUAAUGGAAGAAGAUAUAAAGAUGUCUAAUGUUCAUUAUGGGAUCAAUGUGAUAAAGAAAAGAUUAUGUUACAAGAAGGUCUUGGUAGUUCUUGACAAUGUGGAUAGUUUGAAGCAAUUGGAAAGUUUAGCUGGAGCAAAUGAUUGGUUUGGUUUUGGAAGUAAGCUCAUUGUAACAACCAAAAAUGAACGUUUAUUGGUGGAGCAUAAAGCAGAUGAAAUGUACAACGUUGAGUUGUUGAAUGAUGAUGAAGCUCUUCGACUUUUUAGUUGGUAUGCUUUCACUAACAACCAUCCCUUGGAGGAUUAUUUGGAAAUCUCACGAAGUGUGAUAAAUUAUGCGCAAGGCCUUCCAUUAGCUCUUCAAGUUUUGGGUUCUUUCUUAUUUAAAAGAAGUAUUCAAGAGUGGGAAGAGGAACUGGAUAGUUUGAAAAGAAUUCCUAAUGAACAAAUUCAUGAUGUUCUUAAGAUAAGUUUUGAUGGCCUUAAUGACACAGAGAAGGAUUUAUUCCUUGACAUUGCUUGUUUCUUCAAAGGGUAUGACAAAGAUUAUGUAAUGGAUAUAUUGGGCAGUAAUGGGUUUCACCCACGAAUUCCAGUUCUUAUUGAACAGUCAUUGAUAACUAUCUCAUCAUACAACGAGCUGUGCAUGCAUGAUUUGUUACAAGAAAUGGGUAAGGAAAUUGUUCGUCAAGAAUCACCUGAUGAUUCUGGCAAGCGAAGUAGGUUGUGGUUUUAUGAAGAUAUCUAUAAAGUGUUCAGAGAGAAUACGGUGACAGAAACAAUUAGAGGCAUUAUGUUAAACGUGCCUGAUGAACAUAUACCAGAGGAGUUGUAUGUAGAUGUCGAUGUCUUUGAGAAGAUGAAGAAACUUAAAUUGCUUAAAGUCAGUGGCAUACGACCUUGUGGACAACUUACGUAUCUUUCAAAUGAAUUAUGUUAUCUUGAUUGGGAUGAUUACCAGGCAAAGUUUUUGCCAUCCAAUUUCCAUCAAAACAAUCUUGUUCUACUUCGCCUUUGUCACAAUCGAAUCAAAGAAAUAUCUACAAGUAUCAAGUUUCUAGAGACAUUAAAAUACCUUGAUCUCGAUCACUCCUUAAAUUUGUAUAAAACUCCUAACUUGUCUAGUCUUCCAUGUCUCGAGGAAUUACAUCUUGAAGGAUGUAAAAAUCUAAUUGAGGUCCAUAAGUCAAUUGGAGUUCACGAGAGGCUUGUUAGAUUGGAUUUGCAGGAUUGUAAAAAUCUGAGGAGUCUCACAAAAAGCAUCAAGUUGGAAAAGCUAGAAUAUUUGAAUCUAUCAGGAUGCUUAAAACUUGAGAAGCUUCCGAAGAUUUAG